GUAGCUUCGGAACUGGUACUCAAUGCAAGUUAAAAAGUAAAACAAAAACAGUACAUGGUCAAUGGCCACGUUAGGUACUGGUGUUCUCACUCUCACUCUCACCCGUUUUUCUUCAUCUUCCAAGUCCCUCUUCACUCACACUCACACUCUCAACUACCUCCUUUUGCCUUCUCUCUCUGCCAAAACCACUUUUCUUCAUAAUCGAAUACACCAAAACCGCCGCCCCUCCUUCUGUUGCAGGGGAAUGGCGACUUCAACUGCCGCCUCUUACUCCAACACAGUAACCGCUCCCUACGGUUCUUGGAAGUCACCGAUCACCGCCGAUGUCGUCUCCGGCGCCUCCAAGAGGCUCGGGGGAACCGCCGUCGAUGAACAUGGUCGCCUCAUUUGGCUCGAAUCGCGUCCCACCGAAGGAGGACGGGGUGUUCUUGUUCUUGAGCCGGAAAAUCCGGGAAGUGACCCUGUAGAUGUUAUUCCAAAGGAGUUUGGAGUGAGGACACUGGCCCAAGAGUAUGGAGGUGGUGCUUUCACUGUUUCAGGGGAUGUCGUCUUUUUCGCAAAUUACAAGGAUCAGAGGUUAUACAAGCAAUCCCUCAGUUCCUUGAAUGUGCCUCCUGCACCUAUCACUCCGGACUAUGGUGGACCUGUAGUAAGUUAUGCUGAUGGAAUAUUGGAUUCACGCUUCAACCGUUUUAUCACUGUAAGGGAAGAUCGACGGGAGAGCAGUCUUAAUCCUCCUACGACAAUUGUGUCUAUAGCACUUGGCAGCAACGAUGUUCAGGAACCACAAGUUCUAGUUGGCGGGAGUGACUUUUAUGCUUUCCCACGUCUAGAUUCUAAAAGUGAAAGGAUAGCAUGGAUCCAGUGGAGUCACCCCAACAUGCCAUGGGAUAGAUCAGAACUUUGGGUUGGCUAUAUUUCAGAAAAUGGAGAGAUCCACAAGCGCGUCUGUGUUGCUGGGGGUGAUCCUUCACUUGUGGAAUCUCCAACUGAGCCUAAGUGGUCCCCUGAUGGUGAGCUUUUUUUCAUCACAGAUAGGAAAAAUGGUUUCUGGAAUAUCCAUAGAUGGAUUGAAUCUGAGAAUAAGGUUGAGCCUGUUAAUUUUUUGGAUGCUGAGUUUGCAAGGCCGUUGUGGAUUUUUGGUAUGAACUCAUAUGUAUUUGUUCAAAGUGGUAAACAGAGAAACUCAAUUGUUUGCAGUUACAGGCAGCAGGGGAAGUCAUAUCUUGGAAUUAUUCAUGAUGUGCAGAGCUCAACACUAACUCCGCUUGAUAUUCCUUUCACUGAUUUGGAUAACAUUACUUCUGGUAAAGAAUGCCUGUAUUUGGAGGGAGCUUCUGCAGUUCAUCCAUCAUCGAUUGCCAAGGUGACUUUAGAUGAUGAUAAAUCAAAAGUAGUCAACUUCAAUAUUAUUUGGUCCUCCUCACCUGAUAGCUUAAAAUAUAGUUCGUAUAUCAGUAAGCCAGAAUUGAUUGAAUUCCCAACUGAGGUUCCUGGUCAAAAUGCUUAUGCGUACUUUUAUCCGCCAACAAAUCCUAUUUAUCAAGCUAAUCAAGGAGAAAAGCCACCUCUAUUGUUGAAGAGCCACGGGGGACCUACUGCUGAAACACGUGGACUUUUAAAUUUGAGCAUUCAGUACUGGACUAGUAGAGGUUGGGCAUUUGCUGAUGUUAAUUAUGGUGGUAGCACUGGUUAUGGAAGGGAGUACAGAGAACGACUCUUGGGACAGUGGGGAAUAGUUGAUGUCAAUGACUGUUGUAGUUGUGCUAAAUAUUUGGUGGCAAAUGGAAAGGUUGAUGGGGAGCGUCUUUGUAUAACUGGAGGCUCAGCUGGUGGGUAUACCACUUUAGCUGCACUUGCUUUUAGAGACACUUUUAAAGCUGGGGCUUCUUUGUAUGGUGUAGGCGAUUUGAGCUUGUUGAGUGCAGAAACUCAUAAAUUCGAAUCCCAUUACAUUGAUAAGCUUGUUGGAGGUGAAAAGGAGUUGAUUGAAAGAUCCCCAAUCAACCAUGUUGACCAAUUUUCUUGUCCCAUAAUUUUAUUUCAAGGAUUAGAGGACAAGGUUGUGCCUCCUGAUCAAGCUCGGAAAAUUUACCAGGCACUGAAGGAAAAAGGGGUGCCUGUUGCUCUUGUUGAAUAUGAAGGAGAGCAACAUGGUUUCCGGAAGGCUGAGAACAUUAAGUUUACACUUGAACAACAAAUGGUCUUCUUUGCACGAUUGAUUGGGAACUUCAAUGUUGCGGAUGAUAUUACUCCGAUCAAAAUCGACAACUUUGAUAACUGAGCACAGCUUUUUCAGAGAAAUCUUUGCUAGACAUUUCUGCAUUGUUGAGCUUCUGGUGUCACUGCAGCUUCUGUCAUAGCAGUUGUUGCCCUCCAUAUAUGGCUCAUGUUAAUGGUCAUGGACAAAGAAUGUACCGAGUUUCUGCUUGCAUUUUCUUAAAUCUUGAUUGGGAGUGUAAUUCAAUGUUUAAUUUGUUUUGAAGUUUCACCUGAAUCUUGUGCCGGAGUCACUAAUAUAUGUUUUGGACCCAUGUUGUAGAUAAAGUGAAUAAUGAUGAAUAGAUAACGUGGAUAAUGGUUAUUGUCAACUAUUUUGGAUAUAAGAAUGAUAAUUAGUGCAACUUC